AUGAAGAGUGCUGUUGAAAAGGCAGUCCAAAUAUCCCAAAAAUUUCUGUCGAACGUUUAUUUUGAGCUUGGAAAGGAUCCUGAACUGAGUAAAAGCAUUAUAAAACUAAAGCAUCAACUGUUUGAUAAUCCAGUGGUUAAAUCCAUUUACAAAGGUCUACAGCUUUCAGAAUAUUUUAUUGCGAACUCGCUGAAAGACUACUGUUCAGCACCCAGACCAAGCACAAAUGUGGAUAAAUUCUUUGAAAGAGCAUUCAAUAUUCCUCAGUACUAUGGCGGAGUCCGAGACGUCAUUGGGCCACACGCUCUUAGCAAUAUAUUUGAGCCGCUAAACUACCUUUCUAAUUCAAGGGUCUACAAGGACUAUAAAGUUCUCCAAAAAAUUGAAAAUAGAAUCAUUCCUGAAAUUUUAAAAAGACUUUUUGGCUUCAAAGAAUUGGAUAAUACAACAAAGGAAACGGACGAAUCUCUAAAACAUCUCAAAGAAUAUAUUUUUAAUCAGGAGAGAGAUUGGACUGACAAGGAAAUUAUCCUUGAGGACAUAAGGUCAGUUGAGACAGAGUCGGUCAAUGUUAAAAACCUUAAAAAGACAGUUAAGUGUAGUUUUGAAUUAUCGGUUAUUCUUUCUGGUGUCCACAAUGAUAAGAGAAAGAAUUUGAGAGAGUCGUUUAGUUGUUCAUUUGAUUUUAUCAAUGAAAAUGGGCGAUGGAUUGCUUCCAAUUUCUCAUUUAGUCCCUUUAACUAG